GGGGCUGUGCACAGCUUACAGGUACCUUUAAGUCGAUCCGCUCCACCGAUUGCUUUCAACCUCGUUCCUGCAAUUUACUUUCGCGAGCUAACGCAGAAUACACCAUAUGCAUGCAUCGGCCAAGCCAGUUUUACCAUCAGAGGAAAACAUGCAUGAGAGCGAGCGUGCAGUAUAUGGUCGUUUGGCGACUACUUGUCAGCCUCUCGUCAUGGUUCUCCGGAUCAUUAUGCUCAUCCGACCGCUGAGAGGUCACGAACUCCAACAGCAGAAGACUUAUAAAGACUUGAAUCAACCACGACACCAUCUUCUAUCCAAUCCAGGAAUCGUCACACCAGAAUUCAUCGUCGGGCAGCUCGCACAUAUCCGGCAUAGCUAAUUGGCUGGCCUACUUAAAUCCAGACCGACUCUCUCAGGCAAGUCAACGAGUCGAAUUCUCUGAAUUCUGAACGCGUUAUGGCGAUCGCAGAGGCACUCUUGGGACUUGACUGGAAGGCUUUGCUUGGCCUGCUCUUUGCUGUUGUCGUGCUGGGUCAUAUUGUGGCGUAUGUUGUUGAUCCUCACGCGUUACGUGCCUAUCCCGGACCGACUUUGGCGAAGUUCACUGACCUGUGGCUUGGACGCACUGUUGCGCUAGGACAUCGUUCGGAGGUUGUGCAUGAGUUGCAUCAGAAGUAUGGUACUUUCGUUCGCAUUGCUCCCAAUCAUCUUUCCAUUGCGGACCCGGACGCUCUCCAAGUUGUCUACGCACACGGAAAUGGAUCUCUAAAGUCAAACUUCUACGAUGCAUUCGUCUCCAUUCAACGUGGUCUCUUCAACACUCGUUCACGUCCCGAACACGCUCGUAAACGCAAGAUUGUAUCACACAUAUUCUCUCAGAAGAGCGUACUUGAGUUCGAACCUAACGUACGUUUGUAUAUUGGGCAGCUUAUAGGCAAUUGGGACCGGUUAUGUGAAGCUGGCGCGAAAGGUUUGUCUGGAAACGACGGUGAGGGCGGUUGGAGAGGUCGGGAUGGUCGGGUCUGGCUUGACUGUCUUCCGUGGUACAACUACCUUGCGUUUGACAUCAUUGGUGACUUGGCUUUUGGAUCGCCUUUUGGCAUGCUCAAGACUUGCCAAGACUCCGCACCUGUUGCGGUCUCUCAACAGGAUGCAAUGGCGGCAUACGGCGGAAAGGACAGCGAUAUUGAAGUUGUUCACGUCCCUGCUGUCCAGAUUCUCAACGACCGUGGGGUCUACUCGGCUUCGAUGGGUGUUCUGCCACCUUGGAUGCGACCUCUUGCCAAGAAGCUUCCUUGGUUUAGCAAGGGCAACAAGGCAGUCAAGUCUCUUGCAGGUAUCGCUAUUGCGGCUGUUGCGAAAAGGUUGACUAUGCCAACGGAUAGGGUUGACUUGCUCGGAAAAUUGCAGGACGGACGGGACGAUGAGGGACGCCCUAUGGGUAGGGAAGAGUUGACGGCUGAGGCACUUACUCAGCUCAUUGCUGGCUCUGAUACCACGUCUAACUCGUCUUGCGCAAUUACCUAUCAUCUCGCACACAACCCUCAUGUGCAAGAGAAACUUCACAAGGAACUUGAUGAAGCUCUCGGUACGGACGACAAUCCUGUCGCCACUUUCGAACAGGUGAAGAAACUACCUUACUUGGAAGCGGUCAUCAACGAAGUCCUUCGCAUUCACUCCACCUCUGGCAUUGGCCUUCCUCGCAUCGUACCUGAAGGUGGCUUGACUGUCUGCGGACGUACCUUCCCUGAGGGCACUGUGUUGAGUGUUCCAACCUUUACUAUUCAUCGGGACAAAGAGGUUUGGGGCGAGGACGUCGAUGCGUUCAGGCCAGAACGUUGGUUUGAGCAGGAUAAAAAUGAUAUCCAAAGAACGUUUAAUCCGUUUUCGUUUGGUCCACGGAGCUGCGUCGGGCGUAACCUGGCUAGCAUGGAGUUAUUGAUUAUCGUUGGGUCCAUUCUCAGACGGUAUCAUUUCGUUUUGGAACAACCUGAUAAACCUGUACGUGGCUUAUCGUCUAUAUUCACCCGGUGUCUUGCCCUGACCAGACCUCGCUUCAGUUCGAGAUCUUGGAGGGAUUCCUCAGGAAGCCUGUGGAGUGCGUCGUGGGUAUUAAAAGGCGUGAUGUCUAAAUUCUAGCUUCAAAGCGUAUACUUUUGAGAACCGGGACUUGUAAUGUACAGAUGGCGUAUCUCUUAUGCAUUCUUCACACCGUAUUGUUCCCAAUAUUCCUGCAUCGCCUUGAGUUCGCCUGUCUUUCCAUGUUGUUCCAACCAUGCCAUCAGAUCUUUCAUCUUCAAAAUUGUCGGUACUCUCCCUUUGCCUCCCACUAAUCCCUCGAUUUCCUCGAUCA